UCUGAUGUUUGUUUGCUUGACAAAUAACUGAAUCAGCACAGGUGAUUACGCUGCUUGCUAAUUUGCUGAAUUGACAGAUAAGGAGAUAUAAGAUCUUAUCGCAAUAAACGCAUCUAAGAUAAAAUCGGUAUACACAAGUGUAUAGAUUAUUCUCAACACCCUUGGCUCAACACCACUGCUCAUAAACAAAUGUCAGUAGUAUAAGCUAAUUUUGAGAAUUUUCUUCUCUGCACAGUUUAUAUGGAUAUUUAAACGCGCUUUUGAAAGUCUGAAUUAUAUUAUUUAUGAAGCCAGAACUUUCAGAAAUUGCAAGAUGGCAACAGUGAAACAUGAUAUAAACCUGCCGAACAAUAUUCCACAAUUAUUACUGGAAAAACAUGCAAAUUAUCUCAUUUCAUACGGAACCAAUAAGGAUGAAUAUACCUAUACUCAGACUGAACAUAUGAGAAUGUCAGGCAUGUAUUGGGUUCUUACAGCUCUAGAUGUAAUGGAAAAGUUGGAAGAAACCAAUAAGGAGGAACUGUUAGAAUUCAUUAAACUGUGUCAGUGCGACAAUGGUGGCAUUGGUGCCAGUGUACACCAUGAUCCACAUUUACUUUACACACUUAGUGCUGUACAAAUAUUAUGCAUGUACGAUGCGCUAGAUGUAAUAAAUAUCGACAAAGUUAUAAGUUAUGUCAAAGAGAGACAGCAGCCAGACGGAAGUUUUACGGGCGAUCAGUGGGGUGAAGUGGAUGUCAGAUUUUCGUUCUGCGCUAUCGCAACUUUAUCACUUUUAAAUCGUUUGGAUGCGAUAAAUGUGGAGAAAGCAGUAGAAUUUAUAUUAAAGUGCAUGAAUUUUGACGGAGGAUUUGGUUCAAAACCAGGAUCUGAGAGCCACGCUGGUUUAAUUUAUUGUUGUGUGGGGCUACUUUCGAUAACCGGACACUUGCAUCUUAUAGAUGCCGAUCGGUUAGGAUGGUGGUUGUGUGAGAGACAAUUACCUUCGGGUGGUUUAAACGGCAGACCAGAAAAGUUGCCGGAUGUGUGCUACUCGUGGUGGGUGUUGUCAACGUUGACAAUCUUGGGCCGCCUCCAUUGGAUAGACAAAAAAGGCUUAGUUGAUUACAUUUUGACGUGUCAAGACGUCGAAACCGGCGGUUUCAGCGAUCGACCCGGAGACAUAGUCGAUCCUUUCCACACUUUAUUCGGUCUCACCGCGUUAUCGUUGCUGGACGAGAACUUCUUGCUGAAAACGAUCAAUCCUACUUAUUGUAUGCCGCAGUAUAUAAUUGAUCGUUUAGGUCUCAAGCCGUCACGACUUGAUUCGUGAUUGUACGUUCAACAUGUUUUACGGCACAUGACGCAAAAGCCAACGCGCUAGAAAAACGAGAAGAGUAGGACACAAUUGUGUACAUAUAAAUUUUGUUUAUAUCUUCAAUAAAUAGAUGAUUAUAAGUUUUUCACCAAAAAUAUAUGCUUA